UCUACGACUAUUGGAUUUGUUCCUUCAGUUUGUAAGCCUUCGGAAUUUUCAUGGUUAAUCUUUCCUCAUCUUCCGUUCGCUUGUUUAACUACUUCGUCGGCCGAAGUUAAUUGGAAACUAAGGGGCUGGUCUAAAUCGCAAAAACUUUCAAUCAUUGCUGGUCUUUCCUUAAUUUCAAUCGAAUUCAAUGGC